AUGAAAAAACCGAAUAGAAAUAAAUCAAUAUCUUCAUCCAUUCCAUCAAACACAUUGCCCAGUACUUUUCCAGCUGAUUUAGAACUGUUCAGUUCGUAUUCUCAUGAACAAGUUCAUAUCUACGAUAAACUUUCUUCAAGUAUUUCAUCCAUUUGUGAAGUAGCCUAUUGUACAUCUGAGGGAAUCAUCAUUUGUGCACCUCAAACGUAUCAACGACGAUCAUCAUCUUCACAAAAUCUAUCAUCUUCUUCGUCUUCGAUGCUUAUCUCUCGGAUAGCAUAUCCAUUUCAAUCGACAGAUCAAACUAAUUCUAUUUCGAUCAAUUCUUCUUCGUAUAUUUUCUUCCAGAAAAUCAAAACUCAACACCUAACUCGUCUAUAUGAAGCUUACAAACGUCGACCAACAUCAUUAUCAUCGUUCGAUCGAUUACUCUGUUCAGAUAUAGUGCAAUACAAAGGCUUUCGACGAUGUUCGUUUUCUCCAUGUGAUAUCAUAUUCAAUCAGGGUCAGAGCAUCUUAGCGUGCAUAACUUGUGCUCAUGAAGUGUUCAUUUAUGAAAUCAUUUCCUCGUCGAGACGCUUCUUUCUUUCCCAAUCAUCGAAUUUGAAAUUUGACUUAACUAAAUACCUUUGUGAACGUGUGCAACUCGACAAAUAUCUACACGACUCUGAUAAAGAACAAGAUUAUCGACUACUUUACUUCCAUCUUACGACGAGUAUCCUUUGGAAUCAGAAUGGUACGUUAUUAUUUCAAUUGCAAUACUCAGGUCAUGUGAUUAUUUGGAAAUUUGAUCGAUUGGAAAAAGAAAUUCUAUCGAUUAUUGAUACAAACAUUUGCAAACCACUAGCGAUGACAUGGAAUGAUCAAUGUCAGAUUUUACUCGUUAUUGGCAAAGAGAAUCAACGGAAAUUGAUUCGAAUUGACCAAAUGAAAGUAUUCGAUAUAACUAUUAAAGAGAAUGAUUAUAUGAAUGCUGAACUUGCGGAACUAAUAGGAAUAAAUGAUAAAUCUUUAUUAUUAAUUGAAAGUAAAAUGAAUUAUUGCAUCAGUUAUGAAAUCUCACUCAAAACUAAUCAGUCGUAUGAAUGCGCUCAAAUCGAUCAUCGUGUUCUUCCGUCAUCGAUUGUUGGUUUUCAUCAUCAACAUUCUUCUCUACUAAUCGGUUGCGAAGAUGGUUCGAUACAUUCUGUGACUAUCUCUCGUCAAACACCUCCAAUUAUUCGAGAUUUGAAGCCAAUGGCUACUGGCCAAAUCAAAUCCUGUUCACGUAAACCAUUACUCCUUCGUCAUUUUCAUCUAUCAUCGAAUAAUUUACUCCUCGCGCGAGUCUUUUACUCACCUAUUGUUUCGCCGAAUGUCAAAUUUGGUUUCGUAAUCUGUACAUUACAUCGCUGGUCAUCAACGUUAACCUUCGAUGACAUUAUCGAAAAUUUCUUAGCAAGAAUCGAUACACCACUAUGGAAAUCGUCAGAUGAAUUAGCUGUGAUUUUAAAUGAAGUUACUCGUGGUACGACGCAUCAUUAUCAACAGAAAAAGAGUACAAACGACAAUUUUCUUUCACUUCAACGAUUAUGUCGUUUGAAUAAUCUACUCAACAAUACCAAACAGUUACAAAUACUCGAGAAUCAAUUGUUACAAAAUUAUCGACAUCAAUUAGCACAGAUUUUCACUUUACAUUUCUCGAAAACAGUUUCGAAACUUUCUUCGAUUGAAGCAUCGAUUUACAAUCUUUGUUGUAAAGACGAUUCAUUAGAUUUAUUACGAUGUCCUUUGUGUAAUUCGACAUUAACAUUGGCGAAUAAUGAUCUGACAUCAUGUGCCUGUGUGAAUAAACACAUUUGGCCACGAUGUUGCCGAACGUUAUUACCAUUAGCACUGGAAAAUGCUCAAACGUGUUCAUUAUGCGAUCGGACAAUAACAGUAAUUGAUGUCAAUGAUGAAAAUUAUACUCAUUUUGCAAAAUAUAAAGAUAAAGAAUUGAAAUUUUUAUUUUCAUCUAUUUGUACUUAUUGUAUGUGA